AUGGAAAAGUGUGAAAAUCUCGCCAAAAGUGUUGUUGAGACACAAUCUCCAGGAUCAUCUACUGUUUUGGUUGCACGUUUUGAUGGUCAGACGGAUCACUCACAAAUAACAACUAUUGAAGACAUUGACAUGAGUGAGAGUUUAAUAUAUUGUGAUAAGGUUGUUGAUUUGGAGAAAGACAAUGAUGAUUUUGGAGAAUAUGAUCAGUGUCAAACUAUGGAAGACGAAGAUGGUGAUUGUAGGGAAGAUAACGUGCAUGAAAUUGUGGGAGCUGAUGAUAUUAGCUUCACGGAUACCCCUAUUUUGGGUAGAGUCUUUAAGACAACAGAAGAAGCUUAUGACUUUUAUAACGAUUAUGCAGAAAGUAAAGGAUUUGGGAUACGUAAGCACUGGUGUAACAGGAAUAUAAAAACACAACAGCCAUAUAGGUGGAAUUAUGUAUGCUCAAAGCAAGGUGUGAAACGACUUCAUGAUAAGAGAAUUGAUGUUGACAAUGUCAAAAGGCGAAGAGAAACAAGGACUGAUUGUUCAGCGAUGCUACAAAUAAAGUCGGUUAAUGGAUCAUGGGUUGUGGAAAAAUUCAAUGAUACACACAACCAUCCAUUGAUUAACACUCCUACAAAGGUGAAGAAGUUUUUUUCUCAUAAUGAUUUACGACGCUCAGGCAUUACUAAGUCGUUGGUUUCUAAGCUUUAUCAGGAGGGUUUAACAUCUUCAAAAAUCUCAAAGGUGGUUAACACUAUGAACGAAGAUGUUAAUAUUACUCCAAUUCAAAUUAGCACUAUUAUAUCAAGCCAGAGACAUAGUAAUGUAGGCCGAGAAUGCCAGGGCAUUGUCAAACACUUUCAAAGGAAGUCUGUUGUUGAUAGAGAUUUUUAUUUUGAUAUGCAUCUAGCGGAUGAUGGUACAUUAAGAAGUGUCUUCUGGGCGGAUGGUAGGUCAAGAGCUGCAUAUGCCCAAUUUGGUGAAGUCCUUGUGUUUGAUGUGACAUACAGAACAAACAAGUUCAAGUUUCCUUUUGCCCCUUUCGUGGGUGUUAAUCACCAUGGGCAAUCAAUUUUAUUUGCUGCUGCCUUGUUAGAAGAUGAAACAGAAGCAACCUUUACUUGGUUGUUUGAACAAUUUCGAACAUGUAUGUUUGAUAGGUCUCUGGUUGCUAUUAUAACUGAUCAAGACAAAGCUAUGGGAAAAUCAAUUGCUAAGAUAUUUCCAGGAGCUCGACAUCGUUUUUGUGCAUGGCACCUGAAAAAACAUGUUAUGGAGCAUAGUCAAGCACUUCGCGCACAAUUUAAAGAUAGUUUUGAUGUUGAUAUAUGUGUUUUCCUCUUUAAACUUGAUGAAAAUUUUAUUAUGCUUCACUUGUAG